UAGCUAACAAGUUUCUUUUAUUGUGUGUUGUUUGUAAGUAAGAAUUUACUUGAGCUACGAGUAUCUUCUUUAAAUUAGAGCUAUGUUUCGUCUAUGCUUCAUUGUCUUGGGAAUAUUUGCGUUUGCGUCGGGCGUAAACUUAUUUUGCACACUAAAAUGUUUAAAAUUUGGAGCGCAACAUGGCGCUUGUAUGAACCCGAAUGGAAGAUUAAACGGAGAUUGUCCACCAACGACUAGAAUACUCAACAUGAAUAUGCAUGGCUAUAAGAAAUUCUUACUAAACAAGCAUAACCAAUUGCGUAAUACAAUUGCUGGUGGAGGCAUAGGUAAUCUGCCGAAGGCGAAUAAAAUGGGCGAAGUCUUUUGGGAUCGCCAAUUGGGGUUUUUAUCGGUUUUUAGUAGCAAACGUUGCAGACUUAGCGAUCCGUAUUGCUAUCGCACUAGCUUACUGCCGAAUCCGGGACGAGUUGCCAAAAUAUUUCAAUUCAAUAACAAAAGUGAAGUCAAUCCAACUAAUGUGAAGUUGAAAAUUGGCGAAUGGUUUAAGGAAAUCAAUGAAAUGGCAAACACAUUCAAGGAUAUAUUUCCACCGCAUGCGGAAAAAGUUUU